AGCCCGAGCAGGAUGUUGACGUGUCGUAUUCAGUUAUUAUUGAAGGAAAAACACAGCUUCAUGCUACUACAGUAACUUCUACAUUUAACACAGUUAUUAUUACUAACAACAGAUAUAAACACAAUGUCAGAGCCUCACAAGCCGGAUAUCUCCGCUAUCUUUAAGCGACUUCGUGGCAUUCCUACUAACAAGGUUUGCUUCGACUGCUCAGCUAAAAACCCCAGUUGGGCCAGCAUCACCUAUGGUGUGUUCCUGUGUAUAGAUUGCUCUGGGACACACAGGUCUCUCGGGGUCCACCUGACCUUUAUCAGGUCCACUGAGCUGGAUUUCAACUGGUCAUGGUUUCAGCUAAGAUGUAUGCAAGUGGGAGGCAACGCCAGUGCGAUUACAUUUUUCAGUCAACAUGGGUGCACAGCCAGCGCUGCCAACACCAAGUACAACAGCCGAGCUGCUCAGCUGUACAAAGAUAAGAUAAAGACUUUAGCCACACAAGCCACGAGACGCCAUGGCACUGAGUUGUGGCUUGACAGUCAGGCUCCUCUCUCCCCAACAUCACCAGACGACAAGCAGGUGGAUUUCUUCAGCCUGCAUUCAAAGGAUCUUCCUGAUAAUUUGAACAUGGCCAAAAUGAGUCUCAGCUCCUCCACAUCAGAGAAGCCUUCAACAAAGGACAAAGAGGAAGACAGAAAUGGUAAUCUAGAUGAGGGUCCUAGUGUGGAGAUGCUGAGUGCUUCUCCAAAAGCAAAUCCAGAGCUGUCCUCUCUUCUUAAGAAGAAGCCAACUACUGCCAAGAAAACAUUGGGCUCUAAAAAGGGCGGUUUGGGCGCUCAGAAGGUCAGCAGUAAGAGCUUCUCAGAGCUGGAGAAGAAGGCUCAAGCUGCCGACAAGCUCAGAGAGAGAGAUGACGGCACUACUGCUCCCAAUUAUCAAUCUGACGAAUCCAUCGUACCAUCCCUCCGACUGGCCUGUAAAGAUUUUGAGCAGCAGAGGAAAAUGGAAGAAAAGAAGAUGAAGGGAUUAGAAGGGAAUAAGAAAGUGCAAGCUGAGAGACUUGGCAUGGGUCUGGGCAUGAGGAGUGGAGUGUCUCACUCUGUGACAUCGGACAUGCACAUGAUCGAGCAGGAAAAGCCAAAGGGGGCCAAGACCACCAAAGGACGACGGUUCACUGAGGACAAUGAGGAUGAAGGGUCCUUCAGCUCUAGGGUCAUGUCCCGGUUUGAGGAACAAACAGAGACAUCAGAGAGUUUCUCCUCACGGUGGGAUGAUCAAAGCGAGGGAGGAGGCUGGAUGAAGGAGAGCAAGAAGCCAGAGCCGGACUUCUACUUGACCCCCGCUAUAACAUCACUGAAUGACAGGCACACAGCCAGAAGAAAACCAGAAGCCUUACCAGUGUCAGACUCAGGAGAAGCUCAGAAAAAGUUUGGGCAAGACGUGAAAUCCAUCUCAUCUGACAUGUACUUUGGAAAACAAGAUGACUCUGAGUACGAGGCCAAAACACGACUGGAAAGAUAUUCUGGGAGUUCCUCUAUAAGUUCAGCAGACCUCUUCGAUGAUCCAAAGAAACAGGCUGCGAGUUCGUACCGUCUGACCAACGUGCUGCCCAAUGCUCCCGACAUGUCGCAGCUCAAACUGGGAGUGCGCUCAGUCGCAGGAAAACUCUCCGUCAUGGCCAGCGGCGUAGUUAGCUCAAUUCAGGAUCACUACAGCUCCUGAGUCACGGUGUCUCCUCUUGGUUUAAUCGCCAGCAUAGUCGUCCUCUGUUUAACAGAUCCCAGUGAGUGGUGGUCAUUCGUUAUGGGAGCGAAAGAUGGGCAAAUCUGCUCUAUAACCCUGUGUAUACAUCCACAGUAUCUAGUUUUUUUAUUAGAUCAUGUAUAUACAACAGUUGCUGGAAUCAAGAGGAUCGAAGCACAAUAUUUUCAGGGGCAUUGCGUUCCCCUGCAGGCAUCUUGAAGGGAGAUCUGUAUAGUUCAGUUAUGAAGAUUAUUUAGUUUGCAGUUUAUUGCUUAAUUCGCUCUUGAGGUCUUUGGGGUUCAAAUAUUUAGAAGUAUUAUAUGUAGCAGAGGGUUAAUUGUGUUUUGAAGGAUGGAUUUGAUUCCUUUAGUUGAGGAGGUCAAAAAAAUAAAUUGCAAGUUUUUAAUUGGUUAAUUGGUAACACACAUCACAUGCACUCUGUAUUGUGCUUUUUUGCACAUUCCCACAGGUGUGAAAGUGUCCUUUCUGUCCCCAAAGUGCACUUAUGUUUGCUCCUCCACAGACAGGACCAAAAACCUGACAAAGAGGCCUUGGGGGACCAGAUACAGUAUAUAUAUUUCUCAAUCACGCAUACAAUCAGUUAUAGAAACUGAAAUAGGCCUCAUUAGCACAUAAGCUUCAUUAUCUUGUAAUAGUUAUGUUUUUCUUUUAUGUUUUCGUAGGUCGUGCGUCUGUUGUUAUAAAAGGACAAGAUGGCAUGAAACCUAAGCAGCUAUUAAAAAGUCAGUCAGUCAAGGAAAUGUUUUGGGAUAUAUGCUUAUUCGCUUUCUUGCCAAGAGUAUGGAUGAGAAGAUUGAUACCACCAAUCUUCUCAUUCAAGUGUAUUCCUUAAGCAAUCUACUCUAUAGCAUUAGAAUGACCCUGCUCAAUGUUGGUCAGUUGCACUAUGUGUUUUUUUUUUCUCAAUCCUGUUGCUUAGAAUCAGACACUUUAAGGCGUUGUAAUCGUUAAAAUGGUCAAUAUUGUAACCUGUAGAUUAAUUGAAUUUUGAAGGGUGCCUUUUGAUGAUGUUUUGGUUUUAAUUUGUAGCUGCUUUUUGUUGGUAUUUGUGUUUACAUGUCUGCUAUGACUUUCUACACUGCCCCCUUUGGAAUUAACUUUAAUGGCACACACUUAAAGGGAUAGUUCGGGUGUUUUGAAGUGGGGUUGUAUGAGGUACUUAUCCAUAGUCAGUGUAUUACCUACAGUGGAUGACGGUUUGACCAGUUUGGAGAAGCAGACAGGAGUUACCGCAC